ACUAAUAGUGGCUGAAGCAUGAUAACAAGUCAGGAGAAGGUCGAGCAAGACACUCAUAUGAUGCAGGAGAGUUGGAGCUUAGCAGGAGCUGAGGUGGACUAUACAAUGACACAUUACACUGUGGGGGCGGGGCUUCUUGUGGGAGGAGUCUGCUUACUGUGGUUUAUCCAGUGGGUGGUACAAGCUCACAAAUCAGAUUCCCUAGCCAAUGAAGUUCCGAGGAAGCCAGCGCACAAGAUUUCACACAAGAUGAAGAAGAAAAAGAAAAUACUGAGCAUAAAACAAAGAAUUCGGAAGGGACGAUGGGAAUCUCCCCCUACUGUUCUGCAUCAUGCAAAUCCAGUGCCAGGUCCUCUUCCCAGCCUCCCAUCAGAGCCGGUGGCCCCCAAUCUGCCUCCAGAGGUGCUGUACAUGCUGCAGAGUGUCCGGGUGCUGGGGCACUUUGAGCGGCCCCUGUUCCUGUUGCUGUGCCAGCACGUGGUGUAUGAGCAGUAUGACCCCGGACGUUUGGUGUUCUGCCCCGGACAGCCGGACUCCAGCAUUUACAUUGUCCUGGAGGGGAGACUGGAGCUUUUUCUGACUGAUCCUGAUGGUACCCGGCACUACAUGAAGUCAGUGGCUCCCGGUGAUAAUGUGCACAGUCUGCUCAGUAUACUGGAUGUGCUGACGGGCCACCAGAGACCUUACCGCACAGUGACUGCCAAGGCUGUGGAGAAAAGCGUGGUGCUACGUCUUCCCGUAGAGGCGUUUUGUGCCGUCUUUAAGAUGUACCCACAGAGCCUGAUCCGGACUGUGCAGAUCAUUGCUCUACGCUUACAGAGAGUCACCUUCCUUGCGCUGCACCAUUACCUUGGACUGACUACAGAGCUCUUCCAGCAUGAGCAGCCAUCUGUAGCACGCUCACCCCGAGCUGUGCGGCCUCCCCUCUCCAGAAGUAUAACACAUGAUGAAGGAGAUACAGACAGUGCCUUAAAGGUUCCUCCAGCCUACCGGAGAGCACCGUCAUUGGGAGGCAGUAAAUCCAAGUCUAUGGGAAAGGCAGGGUUCUGGCGCUCUCUGGAUUGUGAGUUGGAGCAGAGUAUUGGAGGAGAAAGUCCUGUAUCUGCCUCUGAUGUGGGUGUUCCUCAGUGGGAAUCUGAGGAGACAACAGAGAAACUGUUAGAGAAUGGGAAGAGGCAGCUGGCCAGACUGAUGGACCUAGAUGAUCUCUCAUUGCUGGACAACAGGGUGUUCAUUCAUCAUGUAAAGGCUGAGACCGUUAUUGCUCAGAAAGGGGAGCAGGAUGUCGGGCUGCACUUUGUACUCUCAGGCCGUCUCCAUGUUUAUCAGGGGGUGACUGGCCGGGAGGAUUCCUAUAUCUUUGAGACAACCCCUGGUGAGAUGAUUGGACAGCUGACCGUUCUUACUGGGGAGCCUCUGAUCUUCACCAUUAAAGCCGUGCGAGACAGCUCAUUCCUUUGCCUCAGCCGCACUCAUUUUUACCAGAUCCUCCGUUCCCACCCUCCUGUGCUUCUUGCUGUGGCUCAUUCCGUCGCUCGCCAUGUCUCUCCCUUUGUGAGGCAGGUGGACUUUGCCAUUGACUGGAUAGGAGUAGAAGCUGGUAAUGAGCUGUACAGAAAGGGCGACCCUUCUGACUGUACAUAUAUUGCCCUAAAUGGGCGUCUCCGCUCAGUGAUCUGGCACCCGGACGGGAAGAAGUGUGUGGUGGGGGAGCAUGGCCGGGGAGAACUGAUUGGAAUGGUGGAGGCUUUAACACACCAGCCAAGAUCCACAUCCGUCCAUGCAGUGAGGGACUCUGAGCUUGCCAAAGUCCCUGAUGGAGCAAUGUCCUACAUCAAAAGGAGAUACCCACAGGUGGUGACCAGAUUAAUUCAUAUUUUAAGCCAUAAAAUCUUGGGAAACCUACAGCAACCGCAAGGAGAUGUGACCGAUUCCGGCAGUGUGGCCAGCAAUCUCUGCACUGUGUGCGUGCUACCUUGCAGUAAUAACGUUCCUCUCACUGCAUUUACCCUGGAGCUUAAGCAUGCGCUGGACGCCAUAGGCCCAACUCUGGUUCUCACAAGUGACAUCAUCAGGGCACGGCUUGGAGCCUAUGCCUUGGAAAGCACACAUGAAUGUCAGUUGUCCACCUGGCUGGCCCAACAAGAAGAUCUCCAUCGCAUUGUCCUGUACCAAACUGAGUUCUCGCUUACCCCCUGGACCAUACGCUGCAUCCGCCAGGCAGAUUGUAUCUUAGUGGUUGGCCUAGGAGAAGAGGAUCCAACGCUGGGAGAGCUGGAGAAGUUCCUGGAGAGUUCUCCAGUUCGGUCUUUCAAACAACUCGUUCUCCUUCACCGCAUGGAUGGCCCUUCCCCAUCGGGCACGGUAGAAUGGCUCAAGUUGAGGAGCUGGAUUUCUGGACAUUUUCAUAUUCAAGUUCCAAAACGGGUGUUCACAAAGAGGCCUCCAAACAGAAUGCUGGAGUUCUACUCCAGAGUCCUGCAGAAUGUGGCUGACCUUCACAGUGACUUCUCCAGACUUGCUCGGGCUCUGACAGGCAACACCAUUGCUCUGGUAUUAGGAGGUGGUGGAGCCAGAGGGUUUGCUCAUGUUGGAGUGAUUAAAGCCUUGGAGGAGGCAGGGAUUCCUGUGGACAUGGUAGGGGGCACGUCUAUGGGGGCACUGGUUGGGGGCGUAUACGCUGAAGAACGUAAUGGCAGUGGAACUAAAGAGAGAACAAAUAAAUGGGCACAGAUGAUGUCCUCCCUGACGCGGACAGCUAUGGAUCUCACCUACCCCAUCACAUCUCUGUUGUCAGGCUCUGCGUUUAACUCCACUUUGUUCAACCUCUUUGGGCAAAAACAAAUUCAGGACUUGUGGCUGCCUUAUUUCUGCAUCACAACAGAUAUCAGCUCUUCUUCAAUGCGCGUGCACAGAGAAGGUAUCCUGUGGCGUUAUGUUCGGGCUAGUACCUCCUACACUCCUUAUCUUCCCCCACUAUGUGAUCCUCAGGACGCUCACCAGUUAUUGGAUGGCUGCUAUGUCAACAAUCUUCCAGCGGAUGUGGCCCGCUCUCUGGGAGCCCGCACGGUUCUUGCAGUGGAUGUUGGCCAGCAGGAGGAAUGGGACACAUAUAACUAUGGAGACUGCCUGUCUGGCUGGUGGUUACUGUGGAAUCGUCUCAACCCUUGGGGGUUAAAAGUUAAGGUCCCUGAUAUGGCAGAGCUGCAGUCCCGCUUGUCAUACGUGUGCUGUGUCCGGCAGCUGCAGAGCGUGAAGCUCAGCGGGUACUGUGAGUACCUCUGCCCCCCUGUGCAGCGCUUCAGCACAACAGAGUUCCGCCGCUUCCAGGAAGUGUAUGAUGUGGGGUACGAGUACGCAAAGCUCAUGUUCACGGAGUGGCAUCGCGGUGAUGUCAUAAAGAAGAUGCUGCAGGACAGAAGUGGCCUGGAAUUUGAUCAGCAGCAUCAGGGAGGUACUGGGAUGGUCCCAGGCUUCACCGAUCUGGCAGAAAUUGUGUCUCGCAUUGAGCCUGCAGGGAACCAACUUAUUCUACCAGGCCAGCAAUUAGAGGAAUACUCCUUCCGUGAAGACAAACCUGAUACUGGUUACAGGAGUGAGGCCUGUGAGACAGAUGAAAAGAACGGACUGAGAAUAAAACAUGGGUCCAGCUCCAGUCACACCCACUGAAUAUCAUUAUUGCUUUGAAGUCAUGGGCUGUUACAGUUGUGGGUUUCGUGCAGACACCUGUUUCUUGUACCAUUGUUAAUUAUCUUGAUAUGGCAGAUACUGUACAUGGGGGGUCAUUCCGAGUUGAUCGUAGCUGCGCUAAAUUUAGCACAGCUAAGAUCAGGCACUCAGACAUGCGGGGGGACGCCCAGCACAGGGCUAGUCCACCCCGCAUGUCAGUGCUGCCCCCCCGUAGAAGUGCAAAAGUAUCGCACAGCGUCAUUAGAUGUGAGUUUAUCUCAACCUCUUCGCUGCCCGGGUCACAGCGGCUGUGUGUGACGUCACGCAGCCGCCGCGGCCCGCCCCCCCUCCCCCUCAACGGUUCACCCAACGACCACCUCUGCUUGUCAAUCAGGCAGAGGCGAUCGCUAGGCAACAACAGUCUUCGGCCAUCUGGCAUGCGCCGGCGCACUGUGAUGCCGGCGCAUGCGCAGUACUGACCCGAUCGCACCGCUGUGAUAAACUGCAGCGUGCAAUCGGGUCAGAAUGACCCCCAUGGAGCAGAGUGACAAAAUCCAUUCUGUGACCAAGCAGCUAUGCUCCAGAUUGUUGCUGUGCAAUUGGCACCACUGCUCCUUAGGUUAGUCCAUAUCCCAAAUGCGCACAAUUGUUCUCAGUACAUUGCAAAGUCUGUGAGAACAAAUAAUCAAACUUGAUCCAUAAAAUGAUAAAUAAAUGUUUGGAAAUAUGUAGUACGGAAUAGUUUUUAAAUAACUUUUGUGACAAAAUAAAUCAAACUAUUUUUAAA